AGGUGCGGCAGCGCAACGAGCUGGGCGUGUACCUGAUGAACCUGAGCAUCGCCGACCUGCUGUACAUCUGCACGCUGCCGCUGUGGGUGGACUACUUCCUGCACCACGACAACUGGAUCCACGGCCCGGGCUCCUGCAAGCUCUUCGGCUUCGUGCUCUACACCAACAUCUACAUCAGCAUCGCCUUCCUGUGCUGCAUCUCGGUGGACCGCUACCUGGCCGUGGCCCACCCGCUGCGCUUCGCCCGGCUGCGCCGCGUCAAGACGGCCGCGGCGGUGAGCGCGGUGGUCUGGGCCACGGAGCUGGGCGCCAACUCGGCGCCGCUGUUCCACGACGAGCUCUUCCGCGACCGCUACAACCACACGUUCUGCUUCGAGAAGUUCCCCAUGGAGGGCUGGGUGGCCUGGAUGAACCUCUACCGCGUCUUCGUGGGCUUCCUGUUCCCCUGGGCGCUCAUGCUGCUGUCCUACCGCGGCAUCCUGCGCGCCGUGCGCGCCAGCGUGUCCACCGAGCGCCAGGAGAAGGCCAGGAUCAAGCGGCUGGCCCUGAGCCUCAUCGCCAUCGUGCUGGUCUGCUUCGCGCCCUACCACGUGCUGCUGCUGUGCCGCAGCGCCGUGCGCCUGGGCCGGCCCUGGGACUGCGGCUUCGAGGAGCGCGUCUUCCCGGCCUUCCACAGCGCGCUGGCGCUGACCAGCCUCAACUGCGUGGCCGACCCCGUCCUCUACUGCCUGCUCAACGAGGGCGCCCGCGGCGACGUGGCCAAGGCCGUGCACCACCUGCUGCGCUUCCUGGCCAGCGACAAGCCGCAGGAGAUGGCCAGCGCCUCGCUCACCCUGGAGACCCCGCUGGCC